CUCAUACAGGUAUGUAGACAACCUAAAGAAUGCAUUGUUUGUUUGUUUGUUCAUGAGAACAGAGAAAGAAAUGUUUUUUUGAAUGCUGAAAAUUGAAACUUGUUCCAGGGCUGUGACAGGGAGUCAUGGAGUUAUUCAAUGUGACUGUUAAUACUGUGAGCUUCCUUCUCUGCGAUUCACAAAAGAACAAAUUAUGUGUGUUAUUAUAUGUUGUCCUCAGCUCAUUUAUGCUUCUUACAAUAUGUGGAAAUCUUCUUGUGAUAAUUUCUAUAAUUUACUUUAGAUAUCUCCACACUCCUACAAACUACCUUAUCCUCUCUAUGGCUGUGGCUGAUCUACUAAUUGGUGCUUUAAUAUUUCCUUUGAGCAUGACAGUGUCUCUAAAGCCAUGUUUGUAUAUAUACAGUUUACUGUGCAACUUAAGAAGCACAAUGGAUGUAACAAUGGGUGUAUCUUCCUUAUUAAAUUUGUGCUGUAUUUCUGUUGAUCGAUAUUAUGCUGUUUGCCACCCUCUGAUAUAUAAAACUAAAAUAACUGAUUGUGUUGCCAUGAAGAUGGGCCUUGGAAGUUGGGCUGUUGCUAUCUUGUGUGGAAUUUUUGUCUUCCUGCUGUUUUUUAUUUUAGACGAAUGUGACACAAGUUGCCUUUUCGCUCUCAUUGCCGCAUCAGUGGUAGUAUAUUAUAUCCCAACAAUAGUUUUACUUUUCAUGUACACCAAAAUUCUUGUUGUUGCACUGAGGCAGGCACGCAGCAUCCAUAAUACAAUUUCUCAGAACACAAAGUCUAAAGCAGUUUCCAGUACGGAGAGAAAGGCCACAAAGACAUUAACCAUAGUUAUUGGAAUAUUUUUAAUUUUUUGGGUUCCUCUUUUUCUUAGUUAUUCAUUUGUUCCUCUGGAUAGUUUUAUACUUUAUGUGCUUCUUGAACCAUUUAACUGGUUUGCAAUUUCUAACUCAAUGCUCAAUCCCUUUAUUUAUGCUUUCUUUUACACUUGGUUUAGAAGAGCUUUUAAAAUGAUAAUUUCUGGAAAAAUAUUUCAAGGUGAUGUUACUAACAUAAAACUACACUGACAGCUAUAUAUAUAUUAUGAAUUAUAUCAAUAAGAGUAAAUAUCACCACAGUUGAUCUUCUCUAUGUUGUUCAUUACAGUUUCAACUAUGUAAGUCAACUGUCACUAUGCACAGACUGAACUGCCUAUGUACAGAUUUUAUCAGUACACUGUUAAUGAGCUUGUUCAUGUAAUUAUCACGUUUCUAUAAAAUAUGAAGAUAUAUUGAAUGGCUGCUAAAAGUGAGCAUGACACAAAUGAUCAUUCUUCUACUACUACUUCUGUAUUGCCCUUAUAGAAGACCUUGUUGACAAACAGCAUUUAAUGUUACAAUAAACAUGUACAUAAUUGUUAUAAUAAUUCUGUCUCUUUUUUUAAAAAAAAUUAAGUGUGUACUGUGUAAAUGAAACAAGACAACACAGAGUCCCUAAUUAAAGGUGUGAAUGACUGUUGAAUCCUUAUUC